AUGGAUAAUCGUUUAAAGUUUGGAUAACACUGUCCAGCAACUGGUACUGGUGGCGGUGGCUGUGAAUCAGAAUGUGGAUCCGAUGAAGUUGACGAUGAUGGCGAAGAAGCCAGCGACGAUAUUGAAGAGUCAAAUUCAAGUGGUCAGCAAGAAAUGAGCGGUGAAUCUGUAUGUUCAGGUAAAAUUGAUGAUUUAUCGAGUUCAGCAAAACGGCGUGGACCACGAACGACGAUUAAAGCAAAACAGUUAGAUACGUUAAAAGCUGCUUUUGCAUCAACCCCAAAACCCACCAGACAUAUUAGGGAACAAUUGGCACAAGAAACCGGUCUUAAUAUGCGAGUGAUACAAGUUGGUUUACUGUUUUUUUUUUUCUAG